CCCUAAUUUAUUCCACUACUUUUUUUUUUGUCAUAUUGAUUGUAACUCUUCCACUUUUCCAUUCCUAUAUAUAAACUAAAUUUAGCCAUGAUUCAAAAUUACACGGAAAGAGGUUUUUGUUAGAUAUAUAUGAUUGUCAACAACUUUAAAAUUUUAAAAAUAAGAUAAACAAAACAUGGCAUCUGAGUGUAUUCCUAGGUCAAGUAGGUGGUUCUCAAAUGUUGGACUACGAAUAAGCCUCCACAAAAAGAAGUCCAAGGGUAGCACAUCGGCCUCCUCAUCGAGUUCCUCAGGCUCCCCUCGAUCCCCUUUACCCCCUCCGUCCAUCCCUUUUGGCCCUACGGGGAGGAGUAGGGAAGAGGAGCUUAGGGAAGUCUUUAGACAUUUCGAUAUGGAUAACGAUGGAAUGAUCACGGCUCUUGAGCUCCGGAGAUACUUUAACUCCAUAGGGGAGAUCAUCACAGAGGAAGAGGCCCAAGAGGUUAUUGAUGAGCUUGACUCAGACAACGAUGGUAUGCUCGAGUUUAAGGAUUUUGUUAAGCUCAUGGAUAGUAAGGAGGGUGCGGAUGAAGACAUGAAGAAGGUGUUUGAGAUGUUCGAGCACGAAAAGGGAUCCGGUAGGAUCACUCCUAGAGGGCUUCAAAGAGCUUUGAAUCGCCUAGGGGAUUCUAAGUCUUUUAAGGAGUGUGCGUCCAUGAUUAGGGUGUAUGAUACCGAUGGUGAUGGAGAGCUUGAUUUUAAUGACUUUCAUCAAAUGAUGGCUGUAUAAAUUUUCUUGCUCGUUGUAUUAAAUAAUAUGAUAAUUCUUUUUGGUUUUAGCUGUCAUA